UUAUUGCAGGUAAACAAUGCUGGUAUGACCAUGCAAGGUACAAUUGAUAGCACUACGACGCAAGACUACAACCGCAUCUGGGACACAAACUUUCAGGGCCCGCUUUGCAUGAUGAAGAACGCUCUUCCAUACUUGCGUAAAACCAAAGGUAGCAUCGUGAAUAUCUCAAGUGUUGCGUCGACGAUUGUGGUCAAAGGUUUGACCCCUUACUGUUUGACCAAAGCGGCACUGGACCACCUGACACGAUGCGCUGCUUUAGAGAAUGCUUCCUUUGGAGUGCGUGUCAACACAAUCAACCCCGGUGUCAUCAGAACAACCUUGGCGUUAAAACCUGGAGAUAAUGUGGACGAAUACAUGGAGGCUAUGGAGAAAAAGACCGGUGCCGCUCAUGCUUUGGGAAGAACUGGGACGCCGGACGAGGUGGCGCGCUGCAUCGCCUUCCUGGCUUCGGACGACGCCUCGUUUGUCACGGGCAUAUCGAUGCCCGUAGACGGGGGCAUGCUGCUGAUGUCCUCCCUGUCGCAGGGCACCCCUUUUGAGUAGAAUAGGUGGACUGCGUAAGGGACAGAUUCGACACUCCGUCGAUGCUUGGCAAAACUGUAGCAGGCAAAAGGAACGAAUGACACAGCUAGUUUAGAAACAAUGCUUGUUUCCAAACAACAUGUAUACACGGUUCUUUGUGGGUGCAACAGCUUUACCAUGCAUAAUUACUAACUGACCGAGCCUUCAGUUACUCAGUCGAUGUCCGGGGGCUGAUUCGAUAAACACAGCUUUGCGAUUUGUCCGCUCUCGGCCUUUUGAUGUUUAAAGCGCGGAAUAAAGACCUAGGCUGCGUGCAGCGUA